UAUAUAUUCGGGGAAUGCUUUGGUCUUAAACUCAUUAGUGAUAUCCGAGCAGGCAUGCAAUCAAUCAAUGACAUGAGCUAAUCAUUUGUCUUGUUCGCAUUCUCAUAUAAGCCAUGCGUUGUGCAAAAUAAAGAAAUAAAUAAUGCUUCGAAGUGGGUGCCGUCACAAGUGGUAGAGCGUGUACGGACGUCAGACUGACGCAGAUAGUUCACAGUUUCGUUCAGUGUGUGGGAGGAAAGACUAAGAGCUUGGUGAAAACACCCUUCUGUGAAGGGGCUGUAAUUGCAGUUUCAUCACAAUUGUCCUGCAGAGAACUGGGCAAUUUGGUUCAUUCACUCUGUACUAAAGCACUAUGAUCCUAUAAGGAGGCAGGCAAAGUCUAACUAUGUGUCGUGAUUAAUUGUCCGUAUUUGAGAAUUCUUAUCACAAUGUAUUGUCUCCUGUACUGUCACGCCGCAGCUCCGUCCUUGACACCGCAGCUUGUCUGAAGCCCAAAAACCUGCAAAAGACGAAGCAAAUGAGAUUCAGAUUCUCGGCUCAAGCUGACCCAAUGGCGAAGUCAGCUCUUUCCAUGCCCUGUGUGGCUCUCGUCCUCCUCUUCUUUGGUUUGACCUCCUGCACUCCAUCCGGCCCAGCCUCCGACACCUGUGCAACCCUUGAACAAAGUCGCUUCUUCGGCGUGUUUUCAUCCACGACCAACCUUCCCUCUGCACCAUGCUCCUGGACCCUGCAGAAUCCUGACCCCCGCCGCUACACCGUCUACAUGAAGAUCACCAAACCAACCGAUUCUUGCACACCAAGGCAGAUCAGAACCUUCCAGUUCGACUCUUUCAUCGAGACGUCGCGCACCUAUUUGGGCAUGGAGAGUUACGAUGAGGUAGUCAGGCUGUGUGACGCUUCAACCACCAUCACUUAUAUUGAAUCCAGCAAGCAGUUCCUGCAGCUCCGCAAGGUGGCCUCGAGGAAUGGCCUGGAGAUCGAGAAUGCACGAGAUGAGAAUGCUGUCAGCGAGUUCAAGGCUGAGUUUCUAGUUGUGGGGAAAAGGAACCCGAGUAUGCCCGCCUGCCAGAUGCUGUGCCAGUGGUUGGAGAAGUGCCUGUCUAGUAGUACCCAUGAGUAUCCCUGUGGCAUCAUGAACACCCCUUGCCAGUGUUGGGAGACCCCAAAAAGAAAGCCAGGGAGCUGCUACAGGGGUGGUGUCUACGUUGAGAAAUGCCUUCCAGUACCCAGAGACAGCGAACAAAAUGCUGAGAUCAUCAAAGGCUGGGCCGGUUGGAGUCGUUGGUCCGUUUGCAGUCAGGAAUGCGGGGGUGGCGUCCAGGUGCGCAGCCGAGCCUGUCAGCCCGACGAUGCUGUGUGCGAGGGGACCGUUGAGGAAGGGCGGGCAUGCAACCCAGGGGCCUGUAUAGGCAAAGAACGUAGCAAGAGCCAAGGUCUGAGGGCCAUCAUUGGUAUGAGGAGGGACCAUGCUGAUGAUUCCAUCUUUGGAGGAGCCGCAACACAUAUCGCAAAUACAAAGACGGACGAGUGGUCUCCUUGGAGUGCGUGUUCAGUGACGUGCGGAGAGGGUUGGCAAAGCCGUACCCGCGUCUGUGCGACUUCAUCCUUCACCACCCAGUGCACCGGACCCCUGCGUGAAAACAGACCUUGCAACAACACUGCCGUCUGCCCAGUUGAUGGUACCUGGGAUGAAUGGACCCCGUGGAGCUUGUGUUCUUCCACAUGCGGUCGUGGUUACCGUGACCGCACGCGCACAUGCAGGCUGCCCCAAAACGGAGGCGAGCCUUGCGAGGGUCCUUCAAGACAAAACAAGCUCUGCAACAUUGCUGUAUGUCCUGUGGACGGACAUUGGAACGAGUGGUCGGUGUGGAGUCCUUGCUCGACUUCUUGCUCCAACGGGACCAUGCAGAGGACACGAGAAUGCAACGGCCCGUCCUACGGAGGCUCAGAGUGCCACGGGAGCUGGAAAGAAGCCAUAAACUGCUUCCUGAAAGAGUGCCCCGUUGAUGGGCGCUGGCAUGCUUGGAGCUCCUGGGGCAGCUGCAGCAGGACUUGUGGUGGUGGCAUCCAGCAGAGACAACGAGUUUGCGAAGGGCCUUUCUUCGGUGGGGAGCCUUGCCACGGCGAACGAGGAGAGCAGAAGCGCUGCAGUGAGAAGAGAUGCCCAGAGCCCCAUGAGAUUUGCCCUGAGGAGAACGAUGGAGAUGUUGUGUGGAAAAAAACUCCUGCUGGAGACAUGGCUGCCAUCUCGUGUCCGGCUGGCACUGCAGGUCUGAUUCUUCGUCGGUGCAGUCUCAAUGCUGUCGGCCUCGCCACAUGGGAGGGUCCAACCUACAUCAAGUGCGUCUCCAAGAACUAUGACAGCAUUCAGAUGCUGUCACGGGACUACAUCUCCAAAGCACAGACGGCACAAAGCGCCGAUGGCAUCGCUGAGGUGAUUUCACGUCUGAGGUUCUUAACCGAUGAAGGCGCCACAUACAGCGGUGACCUCAUGGCCGUUAUGGAAAUCCUCAAGAACAUCACAGAGAUGUUCAAGGCGAUAAGGCUGAGGCUGAGCAACGCAGAUGUAGAGAACUAUGUCCAGACCAUGAGCAACCUGUUGAAAGAGGAACAUCAUGACAAAUGGGAAGAGGCACAGCUGGUGGGUGCCAACGUUAAGGAAUUCUUCCGCCUCGUCGAGGAGUCCGUGAACAUGAUCGGUAUGCAAAUGAGCGGCUUCCAGGACAUUUAUGAAGUCACCGAGAAUUUAGUCCUGAGCAUCCAUAAGCGGCCAACUACAACAAGCAACAACUUCACUUUCCCAGCUAAAGGCUGGAGGGGCAUGUUGGACUGGGUCAGGACUGCUGAGGAGAAAAUAUCAGUUUCCAGAGAUGCUUUGGCCAUUGAACACAGUGAUGGCAACGAUGCAUUUGUGACUGGCAUUGUCCUCUACAGAAACCUCACUUCUUUCCUCUCCUUUCAGAGCAACAGCACUCUGCUCAAUUCAAAGGUAGUGACAGUGAUGGUCAAGCCGACCCCAGCCCUUUUGUCUUCUCCCGUCGAGAUUGAGUUCCCCCAUCUCCACAAUGGCACCAUGAAUGAGACGUGCCUCUCAUGGGACGAAAGCGAAGCAUCCUCCCUGCUUGGAUCGUGGUCUGCUCGUAGCUGCAGAGCCGUCGCCGUUCAUUCAUUCAGAACCAAAUGCGUGUGUGACAGCCUUUCCACCUUCGCCAUUUUAGCGCGCGUCAACUUCGACUCGAUCAUGGACAAGGCGCUUCUCCCAUCCGUGACUCUCAUAGUUGGCUGCGGGGUGUCUUCCCUCACCCUGCUCCUCCUCAUCAUCAUUUACGUCUCUGUGUGGAAGUAUAUCCGCUCUGAGCGCUCUGUUAUCCUCAUAAACUUCUGCCUGUCUAUCAUUUGCUCCAAUGCCCUCAUUCUCAUAGGACAAACCCAGGCCCGGAAUAAGGUGGUGUGCACACUGGUAGCAGCUUUCCUGCACUUCUUUUUCCUUUCCUCUUUCUGCUGGGUGCUGACGGAAGCUUGGCAGUCCUACAUGGCAGUCACUGGUCGUCUGCGCAACCGAAUCAUCCGCAAGCGCUUCUUGUGCUUGGGAUGGGGCUUACCUGCAUUGGUUGUGGCCGUGUCUGUGGGGUUCACAAAAGCCAAGGGAUAUGGGACGGUCAACUACUGUUGGCUCUCUCUUGAGGGCGGGCUCCUCUACUCCUUCGUUGGCCCGGCUGCUGCUGUUGUUUUGGUGAAUAUGGUCAUUGGUAUUCUGGUUUUUAACAAGCUCGUAUCCAAAGACGGCAUUACCGACGUGAAGCUGAAGGAGAGAGCUGGGGCGUCACUGUGGAGUUCCUGUGUGGUUCUGCCUCUCUUGGCCCUCACGUGGAUGUCUGCUGUGCUGGCCAUCACAGACCGCCGUUCUGCCCUGUUCCAAAUCCUCUUUGCUGUUUUCGACUCCUUGGAAGGUUUCAUCAUUGUCAUGGUCCACUGCAUCCUCCGUAGAGAGGUUCAGGAAGCUGUUAAGUGCAGGGUAGUUGACCGCAAGGAUGACGGCAAUGGAGACUCCGGAAGCUCGCAUCACAAUGGCCACAACCAACUUACGCAGUCUGAUAAUGAAAAGGAUGGCGAUUCAUGCAGACAAGGAAUGAGCGGCUCAUCAGAAGAGAAAAUGUCCCCCUCUCAAAUGCCUCUUCCCAUUGGCCCGAACUUCCACACCCUGCCAUCCAACAAGACCCACAUGCAAGCAGUUCCUGAAUAUUCCAGCCACACUCUCACCUUGAAGCGAGAGAAGAGCCGCCUGGGUGGGGGAGUCGACCCAUCCUGCGGAAAUCCUGUGUACGUGUGUGAGGGAGAGCUCUUCCAGCAGCUGGAUGCUGAUCUCGCUCGGGUUCAGACAGAGGGCGGAGUCUCUGACGGCGGCGGUUACGUGCUCAUGCCCAACACGACCUCCACCUUGAGAUCCAAGCCCAAAGAUGAUGCGACGAAGUACACCAUCAGUGUAGAGCAACUGCCCCAGGCCAGACUCCUGCACUUGAGUGGCCCCUUUGCUGAACCACAAGCUGCCUUCGGGAUCAAGCCAAUUCCCUGCGACCAGGUCAGCGUGUCCUAUUCUGAGAGGGACUCACCCAUCCAAAACAUCCACAACAUGUCCAGCGAGUCUCACAUAACUCACAGCAGUCUGGAGAACACCUUUGAGUCGAUGAACUCAAUGAUGUCGAAAAGCGAGACCAUCUCCACUUUGUCCAUGAGCUCCUUGGAGAGACAAAAGUCCCGGUAUGCUGAGCUUGACUUUGAGAAAAUAAUGCACACAAAGAAGCGCCACCAGAACAUGUUCCAGGACCUGAACAGGAAGUUACAUCAUGCAGAUAAAGACAGAGAGUCGCCUGCCUCUGACAGCAAGUCUGUGAGAUGGAGCGUAUCAUCAGCAGGAAGUGACAAAACGAACCAAAGCGACAAACAGCAGGGUCCCUUGGAGAGGCCAUGGGAAGGGGUACGGGGCUUGCCACAGCAGUCUCCCCCCGCGUGGGUUCGCAAAGACUUGGAGCCUCUGGCUGCCUCACCGCUGGAGCUGCACUCUGUGGAGUGGGAGAAGAGCAGCACCCCCAUCCCAAUGGUGGGUCAGGACAUCAUUGACCUGCAGACAGAAGUCUGAGGCCAAGGGGCUAGCAAGCAAGGCCGCGUUAUUUUACCUCGGUUACCUUUUGGGCUUGGGCUCCUGUAUUGGUAAAAAAAGUUGGGAAGUGAGAAAGUAGGUCCGAGAAUCUAUGUCUUCAAAUCCUCAGCCAGAGCAGGAAGAAGGUAGUGGGAGGGCUAAGAGUAGAAGAAAGAGUGAAGUGGUGUAUUAUCAUUGCCUCUUUGUGUGGAGUUGACCUAGGAGGUCAAGAGGCUGGUGGACAGUUCUGGGGUCCACAACCAGACCAAAACUAGCUGCGGUUCUGUUAGUUUCCUUGAAACCUGGAGUUUAGAUGACCUGGCCAAGGACAUCUGUGGCCGGUGACUUUUGACACCUAGCUCAACUUCAGAAACAAACAAAACAAUAUCUUAUGGGAUAUCCUGCCUGCUUCUGGGGACGAACAACCAGAACUCUUGGCUGCUCCUCUUCCAGCCAAAUUCCCUUCCAACAUAGGAACGAGCAAAAGCAACCCAUUUCAUAUUUGGAGUUUGAUAGGCACAGAUUUUAUUUCUUGUUCAAUUUUCUCCUCUCUUUUGGUCUUCACGCCUGGAAGUCUUUUGUUUUUAAGAUCUUAAGACUCUUCCGUGAUACUUUAAACUAAGAUCUGUUUAAGCUUAGCGAUUUUAUAUAAUAAGUAUUUCAGUUUUGUCAUUGGCACUAUCUUGUUUAAUCUAAGUUGAUUUUUUUUUUUCAUUCCUUUCAUAAAAUGUCCUUUUUUUUUUUUUAAACUGUGACCUAAAACUCAUAGGCUGGGGAAAGCAGAGCACAUCUGUAAUGCGUUGUGAUCCAUAAUGCUCUGCAUUGGGACAAACCUACUGAGUGGUGAUGGAUUUGGUUAUGUGCGUGUUCCCGGUUUCUAUUGCAUUUUGCCUCGAUACCAAAACACCAGCACCACAAUACAGACUCUGCGCACGGAGCAGUACCAUGUGGGAAUUGCUGGGUGUGUGUCUGAAGAGAAAAUGUGGAUCCAAGGGUCGCAGUGAGACCUUUCAUCAUCACCCAUUUGUUUCUCAGCCUUGCAGGACUCUGGACAAAGCUGAGGCUCCUGGCACUGAUGUGACAGUGCGGUCUCAGGGCGUCACGCCUUCAACACAUUUGUGUUUUAACCAUCAGUGUGAAAUGGUGCAAUAUGAUGGGCGCUUGAUGCUCAAGCAGGACUGUAUUAGGAUUUAAGCAGUUUUUUCUUACCGAUGACUCCAAUAUUUUAUACCAUCUUCCUCAUAUUUACAGAGUAUAUAGACACUUUAUGACAAUAUUGUAUAACAAAUCUGUAUUAGUAAUUCAAGGAAUUUAUUGACUAGAGAUUUGUUAGCAUAAGACUCCAUAUUUGGAGGUGUCUGUGACAGGUAGAUAAUUGUACUUCUAUAAAAGCAGUGUAUAGAAUGAAUGAAUAUCUCUGAAAAUGUGCUUCAGGAUAUUUGGUAUUACUCUCCACUGUGUCGCGAUGAGUAAUGAAACCUCAUGUCUUCUGUAAAACUUGUUUUUGAUAACUUUGUCACAUGUUGUCAGUAAUUGUAACCUGCCAAAUCUAUUUGAGAUUUUAUCGUUUCCUUUGUACUACCCUCAGUUUAAUUCAUACCUCAACAGACUUAACCAUUUGUAAUCUCUCGUCAUGACUUACAUUUUUUAUCCCUUCCCCUAACUGUAAAUUUUUCACAGCACAAAAUGAAUGUCAUUAAUUUUAAUAAAAAUACACAUA